AUGAGUAGUACUGAAAAAGAUAUAUCUUUCCAGACAAUAGACGAAGAAAUAAAAGACAAACAUAAAAUAAAUAAUAUACCAUCUGAAUAUGAAGAAAAAGAAAAGUAUAGUUUUAAUGAACUAUUACAUACAGACCAAAAUGGUUAUAUUAAUAUAAUUGAAAAAGAAGAUAAACCAAUUCAAGAAAUAUUAACAGAUGAUAUAAAAGGUAUUGGUGAGGUAAAUCCUUCCAUCUUAAAUAGAAUAAGUUCAUGUUUAUCACAACAACAAGAUGAAGAAGACCAUAACAAUGAUGAUAAAUUUGAUGAAAAUAAUGAAGACUCCAAAUGUGGCUAUCCAUUUUUUAUUAAUAAGCAUGAUAAAGUAUAUGAAAAAAGUUACUAUUCAACCUCAGAAUCCACAGUUUUAGCUAGUAACGAGAAUGAACAAAAUUUACAAAAUAUAAGUAGUUAUGAAACGGUUAGUUCAAUGAAUGACAAAAUAAAAUUGAUUAGUAAUGGGAAAUAUGAAAAAUUCCAAAAAAAACAAACAGAUAUUAUGAAUAUCGAAGCAAAUGGUAUUGAAUCGAAUGACUAUUCUAUACAUGAUAUUGGUACAUAUAGGGAAGAAUGUAUUAGCUAUUUAAAUAAAAUAAAAGAUAUUCCUCAUAAUAUUGGAAGCCAAAUUAAUAGUUAUCAAAAUAAUAACAUUAUAGACAGUAACAAUUUUAAAGAUGAAAAUUAUUUAAUACAUGAAAAUGAUUUUUUCGAUGGGGAAACGGAAAAAAAAAAUAUUUUACAAAAUUACUUAGUAAAUAACAAUAAUGAAGAUGAUCCAAAUAAAGAUGCGACUAAUGAAGAUGAUGGCCCUAACAGUUUUGAGUCAGCUGUUUCUGAUAUAGCUGAGACAGCAGGAGACGAUACGAUAGAAAAAAAAAUAAAUAUAAAUGACAAUUGUAAAAUCGAGGAAGAUGUCAGCAUGCAUAUUAGCGGUGAUAAUAAAAAUGGAUUAUUCGAUUUUGAUAUAAAUAGACCGGUAUUUCAUGAUAAAGAUGGUUCUGAUAAUAUUCAUAUACAAGUUGAAAAUAUAAAUGAUAUAGAAGAAAGGACAAAGAAUAUGAUUGAAAAUAAUAUCAUAUUUCCAAGUUCAGAUGAUUUAAGAUUUCCAACGUUGAAUUGUAUUAAUGACAUUAACAAUACAAAUGUAGUAAAAUGUAAGAGAAAAAUAAAAACUGAUGAAAAUCGAGAAAAUAAAAUGAUUAAAACGGAUCAAACAAAUGUAAGAAUGAAAGAUGAGUUGAAUGAAGAUGAUAAGGAUGAGUUAUAUGGAAUUCCAGAUAAAAAAAGGAGAAAAAAAAAUAAAAAAAAAAAAAAAAAAAAAAAAAUUCCAGGAAGAGUAUAUAAAGUAAUUGUAAGAGGAAAAGAAUGUUGGAGAGCUGAAUGGCUUGUCCAAAAAAAUCAAGAAAAUAUUGAAACUGAAAAAGAAGAAACAAAAAUAGAUACAUAUUCUAUAAUGAAAUUGGAAAAUAUAGAAAAUGGUGAUGAAAAUGUUGAUAAAAAUGUAAACAAAAUGAAUGUAUCAAAUUUUCAAAAAAAAAGUAAACAAUUUUCAGUAUCAGUAUAUGGUUAUGAAAAUGCUAGAUUGUUUGCAUUAUUUGAAUUGAUAAAAUAUAAUUCCGUUCCUGAUAGUUUAAAAGAAGAAGCAAGUAUAUGUAUUCAUAAUAUUAAAAAAAAUAUUAUGAAUUCAGAAAAUUCAACAAAUAAAUCAUUUAGUGGUCAUUUUUUACAAUUUCUUUUGGCUGACGAAAACAGUGAAUAUUCUUCUUUACUUUAUAAAAAGUUAGAAGAUAAUGUUAUACAAAAUGUGAAUAAAUAUAGUAUGCAUGAUAUGAAUAAUAUAAAUCGGAUGGAUUUAUUUCAGUCUCAAGGGAAAGAAAUCGGGUUAAGAAAUGAAAAAAAUUUCACUGUUCAAUAUGAUAAUGAAAAUGGACAUGGAAAUAUUGUAGAUGGGACUAUUUGGAAUGUCCAAAAUAAUGAAAGAGAUUUAUUUUAUAACAAUAAUAAUAGUAACAAAUGUAGGAAUGAUUAUUAUUACAACAAUUCCAAUGAUUUAAUUAAACUGAAAAAAGAGAAUAAUGAAAAAUUAACUACUUUCAAUGAUAAUAAUUUUUAUAAUAAAGCUAAUUAUAUCAAUAGAUAUAAUAAUCCAUAUAUUAGUAAUAAUAAUCCGUCUAUUCACAAUUUAAACAAUUUAGUAUAUAACAUAAAUUCUUAUGAUUUUAAUCCAACGCAUAUUAGAAGUGGGUAUACAAAUGAUAGCAACUCGACACUAAAUAUAUCGAGCCAAAAUUCUAACUAUCGAGGUUUUGGUGAAGAGAAGGAUAUACAAAAAAAAAAAAACUUUUUCAACACAAAUAGUGUACGAAAAUAUAUUGGUGAUAUAAACAGUAAGCCAAUGGAUGGAUUUAAACAAAAUCUUUUUGAAAAAGUUCUCAACAAUUUAGAGAACAAAAUGGGAAACAAUAAUCUUUACAAUUACAAUUCUCUUGAUCAUCACAUAAAUUCAAAAGUAAAAUCAACCUAUCCAUACAGCAAUGAUAAUAUAUCUAAUGAUACAACUACUACUACAACUAUGAUUAAUCAUGGAACUAGUAAUAAUCAAAUAAAUAAUGAAACUGGAAUACGAAAUUCUCAACAUGUUUUGCAUGACAAUUUAUUAUUGUACAGAAAUUUUAUGAACCCAACUCCGUGUGAUAUUGGCAAUGUUGAUAAGGAUAGUGAAAACGAUCGAGCUGAAAAAAUGGCUCCAAACUUUGAAGGGGCAUUCUUAAAUAAAAGCAAUAUUGUAUUUAACCGUAAUGCCAAUUUUAAUCCAUUUCUUGGAAGAAAUGUGAGUAAUAUAAAUACAUAA